AUGGAUGGGCCACGAGCGGGGCAGGAUGCCAUGAGGAACUGCACUGACCAGGAGUACUGGGACACCCUCGUUUCCCAGUGCAUCCCCUGCAGCCUGGCCUGCAGGCAGUCCCUGGCCAGGAAGUGUGAUGCUGUGUGUGAGUCCAUGGACUGCAACAAGAGACCGGGAUUUUACUACGAUGAUCUGGUGAAGAACUGCAUCAGGUGCAGCUCGGUGUGCGGGCAGCACCCCCGGGAAUGUGCCCCGUCCUGCGAGCCCACGCCCGCGGCCGUGCUGGAGCCGGAGCCGUGCGCGGAGCAGGAGCCGUGGCUGGCGCUGUGGCUGCUGCUGGGGCUCUGCCUCGCCAGCCUGGGCUGCUCCCUGCUCCUGGGCUGGAGCCACCUGCGCAGGAGGGGAGAGCCCGGCUCCUGCCAGCCCAGCGCUGCCCCCUGCCACUGCCGGGAGGACCCUGCCAAAGAUGGGCUGGUGGAAGCCGCCAGCGUUGGUGAGGGGUUCACCAGCAUCAGAAUCCCAGAGCCAGUGGAAACCUGUGGCUUCUGCUUCCCUGGACAUGGCUCUGCUGUGCAAGAGACCAAAUCCUGCCCCAGCAGCUCCUGCCACCCUGGGGCUGCUCCCUCCUUCUCUGGGAUCUGCAGCACGGGGAGCGCCGGGGCCCUGCCCAGCCCUGAGGACGGCCACUUCAAAAUCAUCUGCUCUCCUGCCCAGGAGAAGACACCCAUGGUGUGA